UUUUUUUUUUUUUUUUUUUUUUCGCGAUUAGAUGGUCUCUUGUGAUGACGCAUGCGGAAUUCUUUUUCUUUUCGUUUCUACUUCCUACGGUACCAUACAGGUGUGGUGUUUCGAAUUCAGACAGCCGACUCAGUAUUUAUCAUUUUUUAAUUGCGGUUUUUGCGAUUUGAGCAUAUGUGGGUCUUAGAUUUUUCUUUUGUUUGAACUGGUUUUUACCACUGGUGGUUAAAAUGGUCGCAUCCAAAAAGAAGCAACAUGGUUAUUGGGGAUUUGUUUCAAACUGAUAUUACACUUAUCAUAUUUAUUCUGCGGUUGGUUUUACAAAGUUCUCGAGCAAGCCGUGUCACGAAGCCUUUUUUUUUUUUUUUUUUCUUUUUU